AGUAACAAACAGGCGUUUACAGCACUAAUUCUGCCUCAGAGGUAACUGAAGCAUGCAAUGCCUGUGUGUUUUUCUAAUAACACAAAAGAUCUGAAAACAGAGUGAUAGUUUGUAGAGGUUCUCUAGUAGAGAGCAGUGGGCUGAAGAUGGAGAGCUGUCAACUGAUGUGUCCUGACUUCUUGCCAGAGGAACGGCUUGAGAUUGAAAACCUCAAGAUGCACAAGCAGGAACUUCUGGAUGAUAUUCAGAAGCUGAAGUGGGAGAUUGAGAACGUAAUGGCCGAUAUUCAGGACUUCGAGUCUGCAGAAGAGAACAAAGUGCUCAAUAGAGGGAAACAGAUUUCUAGCGGCAAGAAGAAAUUCAACAUGGACCCGAAAAAGGGAGUCAAUUAUCUUGUGGAAAAUAACCUGCUAGAAUGGAAGGCCCAGAGUAUUGCAGAGUUCCUCUAUAAAGAGGACGGCCUCAAUAAGACUGCUAUAGGAGACUUCCUAGGAGAAAGAGAGGAGAUGCACCUUCAGAUCCUGAAAGCUUUUGUGGAACUUCAUGAGUUUUCUGACCUUAACCUUGUACAGGCACUGAGGCAGUUUCUGUGGAGUUUCCGGCUUCCUGGCGAGGCACAAAAAAUUGACCGCAUGAUGGAGGCCUUUGCCACUCGCUAUUGUGAAUGUAAUCCAGAUGUGUUUCAGUCCACUGACACCUGUUAUAUCCUCUCAUUCGCCAUCAUCAUGCUGAACACCAGUCUCCACAACCCUAACGUGAAAGACAAGACCACACUGGAGCGCUUCAUCAGUAUGAACCGAGGCAUUAACAAUGGAGAAGACCUACCCAAUGAACUUCUCACGAAACUAUAUGACAGCAUACGGAACGAGCCAUUUAAAAUCCCGGAGGAUGAUGGAAACGAUCUGACACACACUUUUUUCAACCCUGAUCGAGAAGGAUGGCUUCUCAAACUGGGAGGAAGAGUGAAGACAUGGAAGAGAAGAUGGUUUAUCUUGACUGAUAACUGCCUCUACUACUUCGAAUACACCGCCGACAAAGAACCGAGGGGGAUCAUUCCUUUAGAAAACCUCUGUGUCAGAGAAGUCAACUAUUCCCGCAAACCGUACUGCCUGGAGCUGUAUAACCCUAACAGUAAAGGACAUAAAAUUAAAGCAUGCAAGACAGAUACAGACGGCAGGGUGGUGGAGGGGAAACAUCAGAGCUACAUGAUCUGUGCUUCUACAGCAGAGGAGAGAGAUGACUGGAUUGAAGCUAUCAGAGCGAGCAUCACGAAGGAUCCGUUUUAUGACUUGGUCUCAGUGAGAAAGAAAAAAGUCAUCCAGCAAGUGGCACAGGAAUGACAACAGUAGAACAGCAUGGGAUAUGGCAUGAGAGCGGAUGGACACUGCAGUCUGCAUGGAGCAGCAACAGAAUGACUAAAAGUUUACUUAUUACUCACGUCGCUGUGUAUAGCCAAACAGGAAAUUAAGAGAAGCAGUCUUUUUUUUUCUACUGUUUCUGUGGAACAAACACAACAAGUCUUUUUUUUUAAGACUUCCAUUCUGUGUCUGUUGAUUAAAGCGUCUUGGGAAACAGUUAUGAAAUAUAAGUAUUAUUAAUGCACAUAUAUGUGUUUGGUCUAUUCGACCUGAAUGGCGUCUUAGAAGUGUUUGAAACAAUAGCCAAAGCGAACAUUUUGAAGUCAGUGUUUUUGUUUGGAAUAGAACAUCAGUAUGGAGGCUCACAUGACUCUGACUCGAGCUUGUGCUUCUGUCUGUGAAGAGUUUCACAUCUUCUCCCUGUGUCAGUAUGGUUUUCCUCUGGGUUCUCCAGUUUCCUCCCACUUCCCAAAAAAAAUGCCAGACAUUGACUGGUGACUCUAAAUCGACCCAUGGUGUGAACCAGUUACCUGUGGUGUGUUGCCACCUCAUGCAAAGUUAUGACAAGUUUCUGUCUGGAUUCACCACGACUGACCAAAAUAAACCAAUUACCUAUGAAGAAUUAAUGAAGGUCAAUGAACUCAAUGCCAGACUACUACAGGAAAGCGUAUGCAGUGGCAAAACACAUAAACAAACCGAAACACUCAACAGCAAAUUCAAAAAACGCAAAUGUGAGAACACAAAACCAUUAAUUCAAAACAGAAAAUGUAAGUGCUUAUUGAACAUCACUUCCUUGUUUCUGAUUGGUUACUGAUACUGAGCCUGAGGUGUUCAAUGAGGACCCACUCUUUCUGUUCCGAGUUAAUGCUGUUAGGUUUUUACAUUUGCUGUUGUGCGUGCAUGGUUUUACUUUUGCUUUUGUGUUUUUUUAUUUUGAAGUUGUGCUUUUUGCUUUUGUUGUUGGGUUUUUAAUUUGUGUGUUUUCAUUUCUGGGAAAUGAAGCCUUCUUAGUGAACCUGUAAGUGUACAAAGGUAAUCUGAUUACUUUGUUAAAAACUCUAGCACUUUACACUGGCUCAUUCAGUGGCUCCAUUUUUGCAAAUUGCCUCACCGGUCAGUUGUUGUGGGUUAAAACCUUAAAUUAACUGUAAAUAUGCAUGAUGUCAUCGAUUUUAUUCACACUUGGAAUAGGCUUCUAACACACAAAGGUGAACAAAUUAUAUGUUAGACCCGGACUCAGGGUUUAGUUAAGUUAAAGUGGCUUAGUGGUUAGCACUGUCGCCUUGCAUCACCAGGGUUGAGGGUUUGAUUCCUGCUUGGGGUUUGUGUUUGCAUUUUUUCCCCAUGCUUGGUGGGUUUCCUCCAGGUCCAAAGACUGGAAGAAAAAAAGCAGAUUAGGCUAAUUGGUGUUCCCAAACUGCCUGUCAUGUGUGAAUGAGCAUGUGAGUGUGAUAGACUCCAGGCUCCCUCGACCCUGUAUACAGGAUAAAGUGGUAUAGACGAUAAGUGAGUGAGAAAUACUCUUUAUUAUUAAGAGGACAACUUAUUAGUAAAAAACAAAAACAAAAACAAAAAAAACGUUAGGUGAAUCUCAUCAAUAAAUAACAUAACGAAAGGAAAGUAUUUCAUUGCAAUUACCAACAUUGCAAUGACACAGAAAAUAGCGAAUUGUCCACAUAUGGGACAUUGACUAGACAUUAACUAUUGAAUAAUCUGUCAUCUCAAUGUAGCUAUGUCUGCAUACAGUAAGUCUAUCAUUGAUUCUUUUUUACCUCUACAGUUACACCCAACAACCUCCUUUAUUUCACAUUUAUUUAUGUAUAAAUUAAUAUUUUCCUUUUUUGUUACUGCAACUAAUUAUCCAAUCUACAAACCGAGCUAACUUAGCUAUUUAGUUAAUACUAGCUAGGCCUAGUUUAAGCAUUAUUAUGAUUUAUGCAAACAUGUUUUAAAAAAUAAAAAAUAAAAAAUAAUGGAAGCUGCCUUAUAGUAUUACAUACUUGCCUAAACUUGUAGUGUGCAGGGUCUAAAAACAAUAUAAUGCUGUGUUUAUUUUUUUUGUUGUAUAAAUAGAUUAUAUAUUUAUUCAUGUACACCAUUUGCAUUGUGUGUGUGUGUGUAUAUUACACCUGAAUAAAAAUCAUUAUUUAUCCGUAAACAAAAUAUAUAGUAAAUAAAUGUAAACAGGCCUGAUUUGCCUAAUCUGUAUAUUUUCUAUUUUUCUGUACAGUAUUUGUGAAUAUGAGAUCAGGGUAUUAUAGAGAAUCACGUGAUAAUUAUUAAUAAAAAAAUCUUUGUUUUA